AUGGCCGCAGGCAGCGGGACAACAGCGCCUAGGAUCCUCCUGUGCCUCGGGGCGCUCCUGGCCCUCUGGGGGGCUGCAGACUUGCAGGCUGUUGUCAUUGGAGAAGAUCACGAGAAUGUCACUCUCCAAUGUGGCAAUCUCUCAGGGCCCAGGGGCCUGGUGACUUGGUACCGGAAUGACUCAGAUCCCACCUUCCUCCUGUCCUCAAAUUCCAGCCUCCCACCCGCUGAACCCCGCUUCUCCCUGGUGAAUGGCAGCGCCCUGCACAUCGAGAGUCUGAGACUGCAAGACAAGGGGAACUACACCUGCCAGGAGUUUCUCCUGAACAAGACUCGGUGGUUCCCAGUGUGUCUGCAAGUGGCCAGUGGCCCUUACGAGAUUCAGGUCAACAUCUCCACCACUGGCAGUCUUCCCAAUGGCACCCACUAUUCAGCCAAGGGCACCCAAGUGGACUUCAGCUGCAGCAGUAGCUCCUCACCCCCGUCCAUGGUUGAGUGGUGGUUCCAGGCUCCAGGAUCUCGCAAGGAGCCCUUUGGAAACAACCUGACAGCCAGCUGCUUCACGCUGUUGCAGAUGUCCCAGAACCUCCAAGGGAACUACACCUGUUUGGCCAAGAACACGCUCAGCGGGAGACAUCAGGAGGCCACCACGGAGCUCCUGGUCUACUAUCCCCCUCCAUCAGCCCCUCAGUGCUGGGCAGAGAUGUCACCAGGACUGGCUACGCUGCAGCUCACCUGUCACUGGGAGGGUGGCUACCCAGCCCCAAACUUCUUGUGGACAGAAGAGCCAGGAGGUGCGGUCGUGGGGAAGUCCAACCUGGGAGUGGAGAUACUGAACCAGUCUCAGCUGUCGGAUGGCAAGAAGUUCAAAUGUGUGGCGAGCCACAUCUUGGGACCAGAGUCUGGAGCCAGCUGCGUGGUACAGAUCAGGAGCCCCUCCCUUCUGUCCAAUCCUAUGAAGACUUGCUUUGUUGGGGGCAACGUGACGCUCACCUGCCAAGUGUCUGACGCCUACCCGCCCGCCAGGAUCGUCUGGCUGAGGAACCUCACCCAGCCCGGAGUGGUCAUCCUGUCCAGUAGCCACUAUGUCAUCAGCCAACAGGGUCAGAGCUCCACUCUCACCAUCCGCAACUGCUCCACGCAUUUGGAUGACGGCUACUAUGUCUGCCGGGCCGAGAACGCCGUGGGCGUGAGGGAGGUAGACAUUUGGCUCAGCGUGAAAGAACCUGUGAACAUCGGAGGAAUCGUGGGAACAAUUGUGAGCCUCCUUCUGCUGGGACUGGCCAUUGUUUUAGGGCUCAUGUUGUAUUACAGCCCUGUGUUCUGCUGGAAAGUGGGAAGCACUUUCAGGGGGCAAGACACGGGUGAUGUCAUGGUAUUGGUGGAUUCGGAAGAGGAAGAGGAGGGGGAGGAGGAGGAAGAUGCUGCAGAAGAGGAGGAGGCGGAGGAAAGCGAGAGGGAGGAAUUGCCGAAGGAGGCGCGCACGCAUGGCCACAUCCAUCACGUGACUGCGCUGGUGAAUGGGAACCUGGAGCAGAUGGGGAACGGGCUCCUGAUUCUAGAAGAUGACAGCAGUGAACUGCAGAGUGACAUCAUUCAGGAGGAAGACGGACCCGUCUGA